GGGGGCCACAAGGACUUUCUUUUUUGCGCCUUCUGUCAUCUGUCGAUCCUCCGCAGCAAACACUGAUGCCUGCUACAAGCAAAUAGAUAACCCGUGCCGGCCAACGUGUCUGGGCCUUUCUGCAAACUCUCAACGAUGCCAGCACUGCCCUCAACCGCGCUGGGAGCCACUCUGCUUAGUCGCAACUUUAUAGCAAGAGCAGUCAACGCCACGACUGAGGGAGACCAGGCUUUGCAAGUCGUGUGCGCGUUUCCCGUAAGCGGCCAAUACGGUCCUGGUUCAAGGGUCUUGUACUAUAUCCUAAUAGCAGCUUGUGUGGUUGGCAAAGAUCUGGAGUGGCUUCGGAAUGCUUGCUUGGCAGCAGCAUUGCUUUUCCCAGCUGUGGCAGCCCUCCACGGGAUUGUACUGGCCGCUCUGCACCUCGACAAUGCUGUCGACAUGGAUGUGUUCGGAGCGUUCCAAUUAUGCGCCAUAGGCAUAUUGGCCGCUCCGAUUACCGUAAAACUUAGUCGAACUUACUUCAACGAUCCCGGAAGGAACGCCAUCUUCGUAUGGACCAUACUGGUACUUAUCGGGUUACUGUGCUUGACUGUGGAAUUCUUCCGGAUCAACCCAGUUUCAUGUCCAUAUGAUAACUUUGGCCAACCAAUGUCAACUGAUCCAGGCCAGUUCAAUUACACUAUACAGCCCCAGUGUGGGCUCAGAUGUGAUACCUCAUGGCCGCAGUCACCCAUUCGGCAAAACUCUGCCAACAACAUCUACGUGAUCCCUGAACCGCAGAGAAUCACCUUCGGCAUGGCCACGCUUCUCGCCGCAGCAUGUUGUAUCCCUGCCAUCAUCUCGCUAGUCACCAUGUGGAACAAAAUCCUUGAGAUCAACUGGAGGUCACGCUUCGGCAAUCGAAAUAGAGAUUUGCUAGCCACAAUUGAAGGAACAAAUGGUGCUACCGAGGAGACGAUGUCGAGAGUCAACAAGUACAUCAGGAGGAUCCUCAAUGUCGUCGAGGCUCCGGUGUAUGGUGCUGCCGUCUUCUUCAUCCUCAUCAUGGGCGAGUUGAACUUCUUCAGUCACCAAGUCUACUACCAGACUGAACCCAUGACAGCUAUCGGCCAGUGGGCUCCAAUGGCUGGUACUGGGCUCGCUGUGUUAGGGUCUUUGUACCUCAAGGUCCACAAGGAUCUGGUGUCUGUGCAGGACGAGACGCCCCCAAGUGGCGAGGCGUAUCCUCCCGAAGCUUCGAUGAGUGAAGUCCGAGACGGAUCUCCAACUCCACCCCGUCGUGUCAGGACUCGAGGCACGGAUAAAGGGCGUGAUAGCAUUUCAAAUGGCGGGCGCGCGUUCACUCUGCAGGACUUAGGUGGCCGACGCAGAAUUGCCCGAACUCUCCUCAGGCUCAGCGACAGCCUCGGCAGCGCCACACAAAACCAGUUCGACGACUCUGCAUUCAAACGCGGACCAGCACUCGACUACCCGACGCUUCCAGGAGAAGAGCAACGCAACGACAAGCUCCCCGACAUCAUGAGCCGAUACAACCCUGGGCGCGACGCCGACGGCAACGCCACCCCUCGAAUGCGAUCACAUUCGAGAGCGCCCAGCUUCAGCGGCAGCAUGAACUCCGGACUUGGGAUUAAUCUUGACGGGAGCCCCUCGCCUCGAACGCACUCACCUCGAAGACCUACCUUUCCCACCGAACGAACCUCGGGCGAGAACGUCCUUUCACGAACCACUUCCGGUCCCAAUGGAGACAGGCCGCAACGGCGGGCCACACUCGAGGUACCAACGAGCCAUCACAACCCUAUGAGAACCCAGUCUGGAUCCUCUGUCACCUUUGAUAAUAGUGCCAGCGGAGGUCGUAUCGAGCGCCAUAGCAUCAACGACGGCCCGGGCUCGCCUGCUAUCGUUGUCUCCCCGGAUCCCCAAGAAUCAGAUGAUGAAUUUGCGGUAGAAUGA